UUGUCUGGAGCUAUUCCUCUGUCUUUAGCCAAAGUCCCUCAACUUGCUUUCUUUAUUGUGGGUAACCCUCUUAUUUGUGGAAGCCACUCAAUUCAAGGUUGCUCUGGAUCAGCCUUUCCUAUUCCUCUUUCCUUCUCUCUUCGUUUAUCCCCUGGAAAACUUAGCUCCAAGAAACUAGCAAUUGCACUUGGGGUCAGCCUGAGCUUUGCCACUCUCAUGCUCAUAGCAGUUGGGUUCCUGUAUUGGAGGAGAAUUAAAAAUAAAAAGCAAACCAUUCUUGAUAUCAGUGAGGUGCAAGAAGAGGGUCUAAUGAAACUGGGCAAUCUCAGGAACUUCACAUUUAGAGAACUCCAAGUGGCCACGGACAAUUUUAGCUCGAACAACAUACUUGGUGCUGGAGGUUUUGGAAAUGUGUACAAGGGAAAGUUGAGGGAUGGCACAAUGGUGGCAGUGAAACGGUUAAAGGAUGUGAUUGGAACGGCUGGGGAAUCGCAAUUUAGGACGGAAUUGGAAAUGAUUAGCCUUGCAGUUCACCGAAAUUUGUUGCACUUAAUGGGAUAUUGUGCCGCCCCAGUUCAGAGGCUUCUUGUGUAUCCUUACAUGUCUAAUGGAAGUGUGGCCUCAAGGCUUAGAGACUGGAACACUAGAAAGAAAAUUGCAAUAGGAGCUGCACGGGGACUUCUCUAUCUGCAUGAGCAAUGUGAUCCAAAGCUAAUCCACAGAGAUGUGAAGGCAGCCAACAUCCUGUUGGAUGACUACUGUGAAGCCGUUGUUGGUGAUUUUGGGCUUGCGAAGCUGAUACCCAUGCCAUGGAACUCUCUGGACCAAGAUAGAAGAGAGUAA